UGUCCCGCAGACACAGCGGAUCACCGAUCUACAGAAAGAGCCGAAGAUGGGACAUGUACAUUGAUCAUGAGAGCACUGAUGAUCAGUGUGCCCUGAUGAUCAGUGUAGCCCCAGCAGUGCCAUCUGUCAGUGUCCAUCAGUGCCACCUGUCAGUGUCCAUCAGUGCCUUGUGUCAGUGCUCAUCAGUGCCUCGUGCCAGUGCCCAUCAGUGCCACAUAUCAGUGCCCAUCUGAGCUGCCUUUCAGUGUCACCCAUCAGUGCCAGUCAGUGUUGCCUAUCAGUGCGCAUCAGUGCUGCCUAUCAGUGCCUGUCAGUGUCGCCUAUCAGUGCCAGUCUGUG